AUGGCAGCCGCCAACGUCGUCGCCCGGCCACCCCUGCCGGCGGCGGCGGGCCAGCAGCACAAACCACGGGCCAGCGGCUCGUGGGACGACCUGCUGCGCAACAAGGGCCAGGACAAGAUGCAGCAGGCGCGGGCGCGGGCCGCCCGGAGCAACGACAGCAACACGCCGUCGUCGAGGCGGCCCUACAGCAGCGGCGUGGACUGGAGGCCCACGGGCAUCAACAACAACAAUGCGAACCAGCAACAACAGCAACCACCACCACAGCAGCAGCAGCAGCAGCCCCUGCGCGCGCGCAUGGAGCUGCACCACCCCAACCAGCGGUCGUCGCAGGCCUUUGCCGCCCACGUCGCCGCCCUCAACGGGAACCCGUCGCCGCUGUCCAAGGAGCUCACGCUCGGGCCCGAGUUCGACGCCGGCUCCCCGGACUACGGCAUCAUGCCCCCGGAGAUUAACCACUACAGCCUCAACAACAACAAGAACCGGCGCUCCCAGACCUACCCCCUGCCGCAGCAGCCGCAGAUGCAGACGCCGCAGCGGCCCGGCAUGUACGCGCGGCCGCGGCGCCUGUCCGGCGGCGGGGGCGGAGGAGGAGGCAUGGCAGCGCCCAGGCCGGGCAGCUUCCACUCGUUCGACGGCACCGUGGACAGCCAGGGCCGGAUGCGCGCCAACAGCUGGGGCGGGAUGCCCGUCAUCGAGGAGGCGCACGCCUUCGAGACGUUCCCGCCCGCGCACUACAACCCUUCCUCCCAGCAGUACCGCAACUCGGCGCCCAUGUGGCAGCGGCGGCCGGAGCCGAUCAAGCAGGCGGCGCGGCAGCCCCGCAGGCCCGGGCCGGACGAGCUGUUCAAGAAGCUGCCCGUCGAGGUGCUGAGGCUGGUGCUCGAGUACGUCCGGGCGCAGCACCUGGACGACAGGAGCAGCGGCGGCAACAGCUGCGCGACGUGCUGGAUGCGGGACUGCUGCGCGGUGGCGCUGUGCAACAGGAGGCUGCUGGCGGUGGCGAGGGAGGCGCUGUACAGCGACAUCCAGCUGGUCGGGAAGGACGGGGCGCAGAUGGGCAAGAGGAAUAAGGGGCUGCAGGCGCCCAGGCUGGUGCUGCUGCGGCGCACGCUCCGGGCCAACAGGAGCCUCGGGGCCGUGGUGCGCUCGCUCAAGGUGCCUGCGCUCCCGGACGGUGCUUCCAUCGAGGCGACUAAGUACCAUGAUAUCGUGGGGUCGGUGGUUAUGGCUUGCCCUAAUCUGGAGAGGCUGGACGGUUUCUACGCGAGCUAUCGACAUGGCAAUGAGAGCCACCUCCUGCACGCCCUAGAGACGAGGCGGAGGCUGAAGGAGAUGACCUGGAUCAUCGAGGCGACACCCGAGGGACCAUCGUCGGUGGAGAGCGGCCGCUCAGGGAAGAAGACAUCGCAGUCCAGGAAGAGGCAAUCCAGGUGGGGGGCGGCGCCACCAGCGGCCACGAACGACAGCACCCCCGACCUUCAACAGCAGCUGGCAGCAGCGCAGGCCAACCGCUUCGUGAUGCGGCACGACAACUGGAAAGAGCUGACGCAUCUGACCAUCCACUGCCUGCCCGGCGCAGGCGUGUCACCGGACGGCGCCACGAUCGGAGCAAUCCUGGCCCUCCUCCCGGGCAUCGACUCGCUGUACCUGUCCCACCUGCCGGCGAGCUCCUUCAGCGACGAAUCCCUACUGCGGCUGCCGCGGGCCCUCAAGAAGCUCGGCAUUGCGCACUGCGCCGGAGUGACGACGGCCGGACUGGUGGCGUUCGCGACCCGCUCCCGCGCGGCCAGCUCGCUCGAGACGCUGACGCUAAUCCACCAGGGCAUCGACAGCGUGGACGCGCUAGUGCGCAUCCUGGCGAAGCUGGACGAGCUCACAACCCUCAACAUUGUGCAGGCGAUGGCACCAGCGGUGGGCGACGACACCUUCCUGUUCAUGCCGUACGUCGCGUCGCGGUCGCUGAGGAAGCUGCACUGGGACAUCCAGGAGAGCGGCAUUGCAGCGACGAGGGCGGAUGACAUCCUGUCGCGCAGCAUCGCGGCCGGUGGGUUCCCGCAGCUGCGGUCCGUCCGCGUGCCCAACGACCCGGACGGGCUCUUCCAGGGGCUGUGCAAGCCCAAGGAGCGGGCAGACCUCCCCGGCGACAGGUACCGCAACGCGGGGCUCGUGAGCCAGGCAACCACUGCCAUCACCAACAACAACUACAGCAAAUCCACCACCAACCUGGCCAACAUCGACGACCCGAGCGCGCGUUCUUCAUCCGACACCAAGGACAGCGGCAAGGAGCUCCGCCUGCUGCCGACGCGCGAGUAUGGCAGCGACCUGCACGCGGCACGGCUGGCGGCGCAGGGCCGGCUAGAAGCCGCGCGGCGGCUCCCGCGCUUCGAGGCCAAUGUUGUGGACGAGCUCGGAGAGGUGGUGUCGAGCGAGGGGCUGGCUGGUUUCAUCGGCGAACCGGGCAGCCGGAUACAGUACUGCCUUGUUCCGGACGAGGGCGGCACGGACUCCCGGGGCGGGCUAGCUGUUAUGGACGACCUGCUCGGCGACGGCGGCGAGGACCUGCUUCGAAAAGGGGAUAUUAGCAGCAAUGCUGGUGGUGGGUUUGGCACGGGCAUCGCGCCCUGUUGUGUUGUCCCGGGUCAGCAGCAAGAGAACGUGCCCACCAGAGGAAGGCUCAUCAAACGAGACAGCGGAGGGAAGAGCAGCAAGGAGAAAGAGAAGGAAAGGGAGAGGGAGAAAGAGAGAGAAGCCGAGGACGUGGGCAGGGCCAGGGAAGGAUGUACAGGCCGGUGGAACUCGUACAAAUCCGAGGGACUGGUCGACAAGAAGAGCGCCUCUGGAGAUCGCUGGUGGCACGUCGAACGGGGCCGGUGGAGGGGCCGAGUCGAGCUGUCUUGA